AUGGCAUUCUCCUCUACAAUCGCGGUGAUCCUGACGGCGGCGGUCCUGGUGGCGGCCGCCGGAGUCGCGGAGGCGCAGAUGGACUGCGCCGCCCAGCUGAUGCCGUGCGUGCCCUAUCUGAACUCGACGAGGCCGUCGGCAGAAUGCUGCAACGCCAUCCGGCAGGUGGUGAGUACUCAGCUCCACUGCCUCUGCAGCCUGUACAAAAAUCCGGCGGCCUUGCCGGGGAUCAACAUCACUCAGGCGCUCAUGGUCCCCACCCACUGCAACAUCCCCACUGACGUCAGCGCCUGCAGUGCUUUGGCUCCAACAGGUUCCUCACACACCCCUCCAGGCGUGUCCGGGAGCGAUGGCAAUGGCGCGAGCACGAUGACGUCAUGGAUGGCGAUGCCAGCCUUACUCUUACUCUUGGCCUUCACAUAUCUCCAUUAG